AUGUUAAAGCAAAUUAGAAAUAUAUAUGUUCAUAUUCCAUUUUGUAACAAGAAGUGCUCAUAUUGUGACUUUCCUGUUUAUGCUCUUGGUCAUUAAACUAAUUUACUACAUAAAUAGAAUAUCAAGGAUCAAUACAUUGAUUAUCUAAACAAAGAGAUUAAGUAUUAAUUCAAUCAAGCAAGAUAAGAUUUAGGCAAAAUUUAGACAUUGUAUUUUGGAGGUGGGACUCCCAGUUUGCUUUCUCCAUUCCAAUUAGAAAGUAUAUUGAAUUAAAUAAAAAGUGGCGCUACGAUUGAUGAGAAGUGUGAAAUAACUAUUGAAAUAGAUCCAGGGACAUUUGAUUAAUAGAAAUUGAAUGCCUUCAAGGAUCUUGGAGUUAGCAGAUUAAGCAUGGGAGUACAGACCUUAAAUGAAAAGGAAUUUAAUAAGUUGGGAAGAGGACACAAUUUCAAAGAUAUACUUGCUUCGAUAGAAUAAAUAAAGAAGUCUAAUUUUAAGGAUGACCAAGUAUCAAUAGAUCUAAUGAUGGGGCUUCCAGAUUAAACUUUAGAAAGCUAUGAAAAAUCGUUAAGAUAAACUAUAGAGUAUGGGUUUGGGCAUCAGAGUUUUUACAUAUUGACUCUAGAGGAGAACACUCCCUUUCAUAAAAAAUAUAUAAACAAUUAGAAAGAACUGCCUAUAACUGAUUAAGUGGCUAAUAUGUAUGAACUUACUCACGAUAUUUUGACAGAGUAGGGAUUUAUUCACUAUGAGGUAUCAAAUUAUGCUAGAAAUUUAGAGCUUAGAUCGAAGCACAAUCUUAUGUACUGGGAAGGUGAUUAAGAAUACUUAUCAUUUGGAUGUGGCGCUGCAUCCUAUUAUUAAUCAAUGAGAUUUAGUAGACCAAGAACACUUGCAAAAUAUUAUCAAUAUGUAGAUAAGUUACUAGUCGGCAGUAAUUAAUAUUAUGUGCAAAACUCUGAGUAUGAGUCUUAAUAUGACACGCUUUAAACAAUAGUAAUGUGUCAGCUUAGAAAAAGUGAGGGACUUGAUUUGAAGAAGAUAGACUUAUAUACAGAUGGAAGAAAUGGUUAUAAAAGUUAAUUGAUUAUUGACAUUCAAAAUAAAUACGGGGAUCAAGUUUCACAAUAUUUUACUUAGCUUGAUGAAAAUAGAAUAGCUUUUAGCGUUCAAGGAUUUCUAGUUAGUAAUACACUGAUUUCUGAUAUUUAAUUGAUCCUAGAUAAUAUAUUCUUAAAGAAUACUUGA